UGACGGAACAUUUCAUUAAGUUCAACAUCCGUCUUGGUAGUAUUGAAUAUAUUUUGCUGUUCUGUUAGUUCGCACCAAACAUUGUACCAAUAUGCUGAAUCCCACUCUCAAAGCUCAACUCGGUUUAAACGAGGACCAAAUCCGUGAGUUCAAGGAUGCCUUCGAUAUUUUCGAUGAGGAUGCAUCUGGAACAGUCUCCACUGGCGAGUUGGCCAGCGUGAUGAGGACCUUGGGACAGGACAUCGAUGAGAAAGAAGUCGGAAUUAUGAUUUCUGAGGUCGACAGUGACGGUUCCGGUGAGAUCGAUUUCGCCGAGUUCUGUACUCUUAUGUCCCGUCAAAUGGAGAAAGCUGACCCAGAAUUCGAGUACAAAAAAGCUUUCAAAAUCUUCGACAAGAGGGGUGAUGGAUUUAUUGACAACGCUGAACUUAAACACGUCAUGACCAACAUCGGUGAAGACAUGAGCGAUCAUGAAAUUCUUGCAAUGAUCAAAGAAGCUGAUUUGGAUGGAGAUGGCAUGCUCAAUUACGAUGAAUUCCUGAACAUUAUGUUGGCCAAAUAAACAGAAAGACACACUUAGAUCAAGAGGAGAAGAAGAUGAGCUGCAAAUCACAUGCGGGGCAUUGCCGACCAUAGGGACUGACGCGUGAUACCUCACGCAACAACUGCGUGAUACCUCACGCAACUUCCACGUGAUGUCAUGCUGUAGGCUUGUGACUGACACGUGACUGCAACGUUGUGUCAAACAACUAGGUUUAAUAUCUUGUAUGAAUUUGAUAUGAUAUCGGGACAUCAUUCAUAAAGAUCUAUUUUAUGGAGACAAGCAGUUUUUUGUGCUAUGUUUGUAAUAUGCUGUAUAUAAUAUAAUCCUUGUCGUAUAAUAUUAUGAA